AUGGCAAUGCCUGUUCGUCAAACUUGUCCAUAUAAGGAAAGUGAAUGCGAUGAGAUGCUUGACAAGGAAUAUAAAUUUUAUUUAUCAUUUGAGAAUUCAUUAUGCCGGGAUUAUGUGACGGAGAAAAUAUACAAUGCACUGAGACGACAGGUUAUACCAAUUGUCUAUGGAGGUGCAAACUACGAACUAUUUUUACCACCGCGUUCGUACAUAAAUGCAGAAGAAUUCGAAAGUGUCGAACAACUAGCAAUGUAUCUUAAAUAUUUAUCCACGCAUCCGAAAGAGUACUUGCGUUAUUUCUGGUGGCGAGAGCACUAUAAACUGGGUUACUUUUCACCUUUCUGUGAACUAUGCGCGCAGCUUCAUAGCGUUACAAAUCAGCAAAAGACGCAAACCUAUCGCAACAUCGAACAAUGGUGGUUAGGCGACAGUUGUCGAUUAACUCCGAGAAUCAAAAUUUAA